UUCUUCCAACAGUUUAACUGCCGUUUAGCUUGAGAAGUCGGAAACGAAUCGGAGCUGCAAACGGUGGCAACUCAGAUCUCUUCUCUCUCCGCAACCAUGGCGGAACAACCGCUGGAUCUCGAUUCAUCGCCCUCGACACCAGGAGAACAGGAAGAAGGAGAACAAGAAGAGUGUAUUGGUAAAUUGCUAGCGGACUCCUCUUUUGAAAGGGAGCGGCAUUUGAUGUUCUUGCAGAUGAUGUACCAGAUGCUACCACAUCAUUACCAGUCUCAAGAGAUCAAUCGCCUUACUCUGGCCUAUUUCGCCAUCUCCGGCCUCGACAUAGUUGGUUCGCUAGAUACAGUCGACAAAGAUGAAGUUGCGAGUUGGGUUUUAUCGUUCCGAGCUUACCCUGAAGAUAUUGCUGAAAUUAACGAUGGAGAAUUCUAUGGGUUUAAUGGCUCCCGAUCUUCUCAAUAUCAUUCAGACGAUGCUGGGGGUUUCAGUAACAAUCAUAGUCAUUUGGCAAGUACAUACUGUGCUUUAGCCAUACUGAAGAUUGUUGGUUACCAUUUGACCAGUAUUGAUUGGAGACCAUUGUUAAUGACGAUGAGAAACUUACAACAACCUGAUGGCAGUUUUCUUCCAAUUCAUAUUGGGGCAGAGACAGAUCUUCGGUUUAUUUACUGUGCUGCCGCCAUCUGCUUUAUGUUGGAUGAUUGGAGUGGAAUGGACAGGGAUAAAGCCACUGAAUACAUCUUAAAAUGCAAGGCUUACGAUGGUGGCUUUGGGAUGACUCCAGGUGCCGAAUCUCAUGGUGGUGGAACUUAUUGUGCUGUUGCAUCCCUUCAACUAAUGGGAUCCAUUGGAGUUGAUCCCUUGUCCAGCCGUGCAAGUUCUUCCAUACUGGACAUUCCACUAUUAUUGGAGUGGUGCUUACAGAGGCAAGCAUCCGAUGGUGGAUUUCAAGGUAGAUCAAAUAAGCCGAGCGACACUUGUUAUGCAUUCUGGGUUGGGGCGGUUUUGAAGAUCUUGGGGGCCGGCAAACUAAUUGAUGAGAAAGCUCUACGUGGAUUUUUGCUCACCUGCCAAUCUGAGUAUGGCGGGUUCUCUAAGUUCCCAGAUGAGCUACCGGAUCUCUACCAUUCCUACUACGGGUUCAUUGCCUUCAGCCUCUUGGAAGAACCGGGCCUCAAUUCGAUCUGCGUUGAGCUCGGGAUAACCGAGGCUGCUGCUUCUGCUUUGAGAAAGUGACUCCAGCUUUGUACUGGCCACAUAAAGAAACCCACAGAAUAGAGCACUCCUGGCUACUUCUGCCCUCCAAAUGCCCUGAAGAAGCAGGGAGAGAGAGGUGUCAGUCAGGUUCCAACAUUGCCAAUUCAAUGACAGCAGACAUAAACCAGAAAAUAUACCAGACCAUGAAGUACAGUUCGGUCGUCCUUCCACCAUGCAUGUGGGAAACAAUGAUAGGCCAUUCUGGAGAAUUGUACUGUAUUAUGUGUGUAGCAUACUAAAUUUUAGCUGGAUUUGUUUUUGUUUUCAAUUGAGAUCGCUUUACCGGAGAACACAAGAUCGCACGUACAUUGACAAUUCGGAAGAUCCAUGCUUAGGCAUUGGCGAACCGAAAUGACGAACAUUUACCAAUCUGCAUACAGUAUAUGCCUGAAAUUAACAGUUGUAUAAUACAAUGUGAAUGGUUGAUUAAUUGGAAGAGAAACAGUAAGGCUUUUGGUUAAUGAUUUAUGUAGUGGUUACAUUUGGUACUUAAUUAGUUAAUCAAUGUACAAAGGCAGAAAUGGCGCAAAACUAAAAGCCUUUCGGCCACAACAGGAAUUCCCCACCCACCACGGAGGCAGGAAGGGGACACACCUUCACGAGGAAUUUGUUCUUUAGGAAAAUGUCCAAAAUCAAAACAACCCAGACACAGAAUGUCGCUAAGAACCUCGCUUUCUUCCUUGCUGAUGCAUAAUUAUCUUCGUGAGGUGAGACUCCGACUGAAAGAUGGCCCUCUGAUGUUGAUCACACGGCUCCAAAUAUACCCUUUGAUGUCGAUCAGACGACUGCAUCAAACAGUUUGGAUUGAGUUUGCUUCAGCAGCUUAGUGGAGCUGCUUUGGAUGGUUGUGGCCCAGGCUGCAAUGACUAAGCAUGCAUAUCAGCAGAUAGUGCAGCAAGAUUAGGACAUGAGAAUGGGAAAUAAGUGAAGUGAGAGUUAAUAAAAUGCUGUUGUGGUCUUUGAUCAUGAUCAUGAUCAUGAUUUCUGUGGUCAGUAGGAGAGUGACUAGAAAGUGAAUGGAUGGCCCUCUUCCCUGCUUUGAGAAAUACCUUUUCCCCCCUUCUUUCCUUUCCUUUUUGGAUACAGAUUAGUAUCAGCACUUCCUAUACAAACACAAAUAUCAAAUGUGGCCAUGUUGCCAGUGCUUUUCGAUUUCGCGAGGUCAGUUGGGUCGUUGGAUGUGUGUGGUGUUAGCACACACAUUCAACGACGCAAAUUAUGUAAAGCGACCUGAUGGUAUUAGUC